GGCGUGGUCGAGUCAGGUGGUCGGUGGUCGAUCUUGUUUACCCUGCCUACAGUUUCGUAUUAUUUAUUGACACGCGGAUGUAUUUGAUAUUUUUCAUCGUUCAUUAUCAUCGUUAAGGUUUUUACUAUCUCGGGGAGUAUUAAUUAGUUUAUUUUGUUCACAUCUAUAAAAAUUAAGUAUGGAUUCGAAGAGGUUAGCUUUGUCGAAAAGUAUAUUGGAGAUGAAGUUCAUGAAACGGACGAAGGACAAAGUGGAGAAACAGCAAUUUCAAGAAGAAGGAGAGGAGUACUUUGGAAAGCACACAUUACAUAUGAAAGAAGCAUCUGGAAAAUUCUUUAUGGAACCGAGCUAUGUUUUCUGCGAAGAACUUAUCGAAGGUAGGUUAAGUUUUCAAGGAAUGAAUCCAACAAUAGAGAAGUUAAUGGAAGCAAAAGAAAAUGCAAAGCGAGGCCAAGAAGAGGUUAAACAAGAAGUUGAUGUAUCAGACGAGCAAAUGGCUGUUCAAUGGAAAAAAAUGCGAACAAAGUUUGACGUUAUGCAGAGAAAGAAAACGCAAUACAAAACUAGUAGAAAAUCGCAACAUAGUAAGACGGAUUGUAAAGAAGAACCAAUGGAGAAAAGACCAAAAUUUCUAAAACCAGUGGACUAGAUCUGUAAUUUGGUAAAUAAUUAUAUUAGUUGCUUAUUAUUAUAGGUAUUAUAGGUAUUAUUAUUAUAGGUAUUAUUAUAGGUAUUAUAAUAGUACGUGUACUAAUAAAAUAUUUUGUACAAUGACAAAAAUAGACAAGACAAGUUGCUACACUAGCAUGUAAAUUUGACAUCAUAAGCUGUUUAUGAUAUCACUUCGAAGUUUUACAUAAUAUUGGAGUUGACACACUAGCACACAUAAAUUUGACAUCAUAAACUAAUAAUUUUGAGUUUUUAUAUCAUAUUGAAGUUGACA